AAAUCGUUGCGACAAACAUAAGUUUGGCUUAGGGCUAUUUUCUCACGUUACAUUGGGGUUCUUUUUUGUACGUGGCAAUAAAAAGUUACAAGAUUAGUGGGAUAUCGAGUUAAAUGACGUCAGCGUAAGUCAAUAACGGUUUCAUCGGAUGUGGUCUCACCUCAGGAGCGUCGGAGAAACCAGCAUUUAACCACUUCUGUGAGCCCGAAGGUGGAUGACAUUUCUCCGAAAACUAGAAAACAUCCAUAGUGUUCUGAUCGUGUUCCUGUUUUAUUAACAACAAGCCAGUUCUGAGUUCUGGCCACUAUGUCCAGUGAUCCACCUCCUCCGUACCCUGGAGGUCCCAGUGCCCCCCUACUUGUGGAGAAGAAUGGACAGCCAGAGUCUGUAAGAAAUGCUCCCAUACAAGGACAGCCCCUUCCUCCAGACUAUGGCCCUCCACCUUAUGAAGCCACGCAGCCUGGUUUCCUUCCACCACAUGUCCCAGGGGAGGGUCCUAUGCCCAUGCCUAUGCCCAUGCCUCCACCAACACAAGGUGGCCCCUACCCACUGCCUCCCGGGCACUUCGCUAGCCCAAUACCAGGUCAGAUGGGUCCAGGCCCCGGCCACUUUGUGCACAUGGGAGGACAAACAACAACAGUCCUGGGUCCACCAGGUGCAGCCACCACCGUGACGGUACUGCAGGGGGAAAUGUUCCAGACCUCGCCGGUGCAGACUGUGUGUCCACACUGCCAACAAGCAAUCGUCACCCGCAUUUCCCACGACGUUGGCCUCAUGAACACACUCUUCUGCCUAUUCUGCUUCUUUGUAGGGUGUGACCUGGGCUGCUGCCUGAUUCCCUGCCUGAUUGAUGACCUGAAGGACGUGACGCACACCUGUCCUUACUGUAAGGGCUACAUCUACACAUACAAGCGUAUAUGCUAACCACCAACAGCUGGAUGCCACAGAGCCAUGUACAUGCAAACAGAAACAAACUUGCAGCUCCCCUGGCUGAUAUUAACAGGCCGACUUUUUUUUUUUUUUUCGCAUAGUGUUGUGAAACCCUCUUGUAUUGUAAUCAGUUUUCUCAUUAGCUAAUUUGCUGUAUAUAUUUCUUCAUAUUUUAAAUUAUUAACAUGAAGUUGAAUUGUACAGAUCCCUGUUACUGCUAAGGAUGCAUGUGAAUAGUAGGACUUUAAAAGCUUGGCAGCCUGGUGUAGAGGAAAGCUGUCCUCAUAUGUGAAGUUGUCUAAUUUUUCGUUUAAUCCGUUCAAGCUCAGACGUGUUCUUCCGGAUUAUGAAUAUUUGUGCGUAAUUUUGUUUUUGACAUUUGUAGUUGUCAAAUGUGGGAAAACUGUCAAUUUAAACUGACACAUCUGCUAGAAACUUGAUUUUUCUUUGCUCCAAUCAGGAGCUGACUUAUUGUUUUACUGUUACUCACCAGUUCCUCGUGUCUGUGAUCUGCUUUCAUUGUAAUGUCAACAUUUGCACUUUGUUAUGUUUUUAGCCUUUUUAUUCCUGAAGAAAGGGUUGUCCUGUUUUAAUCAAUUCCCUGAAAGAAGUGGAAUAAUUUCAAGCAUAGAGGUAAUAUAUAACUGGAGUUAAUCAAAACAUAUUUGAUCAGAGAUUUUAGUAGUCUUUGUGUGCCGAGGACAUGGUUAUGUGGAAACACUACAUGCCAUCUCUGUGAUACUGAGAUUGUAGAGAUUCCUCACUGAUUUGAAAGUAGUAAACCGUAUUUAAGCUGGAAAGGGAUGCAGCCAUCAUUGCAUUGAUCACCUAAUCUUGACAUUUGUCAUCUAUGACAUAAAUAAAUGCAUGUUAGAUGAAGCGAUAGCCUUGACUGAGCAGUCUUUUCAGAUUAAGCUAAAAAAAUAUCAAAAAUACAGUUUUUAUUGGAUAAACCACUAACAGUGUAAAAGCACUGUUCCGUCACAGCAUGUCCGAUUUCAUUUUUCACCAACGCUUUGGAGGUGCAGAAUUUGUCUGCAUGAGCUACACAUCCAAAUAAGUGAUUCUCUUUGGCUGGCUCCUAGAUUUGUAUUUUUUUUUCUCUUCCUUACCUUAAGGAUGAUUGAGUUGCUCUAGAAAUUGCAUUUUGAGCUCAAGGAUUGCAUAGAAAAUAAACGUGUGGGAACCAGUGGUAUGCAUUGCUCUCAAUGUCUGCAACAAGAUACAAACAUCUAAGACAAUUGAAUUGACUGAUGUACACAGGUAUUAUUUUAUCAAUAAAAGCUCUGAA